UGGUUCUCAAAUUGAAAUUACAAACCCGGAAGUAGAAUUGAUAAACCCCUGACAAAAAAAUCAAAACAAUGAAAAAAUAUUCUGAAUGUUAAUUUAUUGCUAAUUUAUGGUGAUAUGAAUACAUAUCUGGGUAUAAAACGAAUGCAGUAGUCCAAACAUGACAACGAUGCAAGAGAAGGCACGGGAAUAUUUUGCCAAGAAUGGUAAUUUAGCUUCAAAAAUCAUUCUCCAGCAAAAUCAACUCAUAGUCAUAAAUUAUUAUGGAAAAGCUUGGGAGAAUUUCACAUCUGAACAGCAAGAUGCCUUGAUAGAUAACUGCAUGAUUGACUCUACAAUUAAAGCUAAAUAUGAAAAUCAUGAAACAGAUGAAGUCAGCAAAGAAUAUAGAAACAGUGUUGAAGGAUUACUUUGGAGUGAUGAACACGCUGGACCAUUUUCUUGGAAAACAAAAAGUAUGGAGAAACUGAACUUAUUUGCGGAUGAGGAGAUGGCCAAUCCAAAAGCACCUCCAAGAAAGCCUAAAAGGUCCAAAGGGAAUUCUACAUCAUCAGAUGGUGGCCAGUCCCCUACCUUGGCCUAUAAACCUGAGAAAAGCAUCUGGACGUCCCCAUUUCUUGCUGCCGAUAGAGGGAUAUCCCAAGAUACAACAGACUCUCCAUCCAACGACCAAGAUGAUAUCUUUGAGAAGUUUGGCAUUUCAUUUGGUGGUACUAGUCCAAGCAGAGAGAGUAUAAGUCCAGAGAAUGAUACAAAGAGUGUGCAAUCCCAGAAGUCUGGAGUGGUUAAUCAGAGUUUUGACAGUCAGGAACCAUCUGUGUUGGCUAACAUCAGAUCAUACAAUAAAGAAGCAUCCAAAUCCCCAAGUCCUGAACACACAAGAUUUGACAGAACACCAAGCAUUGAAAGAUCCCCAAGUCACAAACCAAAGAUCCAAUCAUUUUUCGAGAAAAGAUAUGACAAAAAUGGCGACACCUCCCCCUUUGUUGAAGAUUUUGAUGCCCCUGAUGAAUCUCAAGGGACUAGUAUUACGCUUAAUACAGAUACAGGCGAAUCAAGUGAUUUUAUUAAUAUGGCUUCUGAUGAUGUCACAAUAGAGAAGGAUGUCAUUACCCAUCAACCAACAGCCUCAAUAUUAGAUGUGAAUCUAUCUAUGCAGUCAGACGAAGUAAAUGAAACAGCUCCAUCUGAUGACAUGGCCAAAUCAACAGGGUUCGACUUUCUGGAUAAUUGGUGAGAAAUGAGAUAAUGAGAACCAACCAAGUGUGUGGAAACAGAUAGUGAAUCCUGAAUGCCGAUAAUUUGGUUUAAAUAUCCAUAGUUGUAUUUUACAAGCUAACAUUUGUGAUUUAUAUGAAGUACAGUUAUCUCAUCAUCUCAUUUAAAUUCCAUGUGGAAAACAGUGUGUUAUUAUUCAAAUAUCAGCCAUGGAAAAUAUCUUAUGUGGAAAGUAUCUCUUUUCAUAAUUACCUUGCAUUUAAAAGCAGUGCAUGGAGAAUAUCUCCUAUGAAAAUCAUCUUGUUGGAAAUGUGUUCCAUGAAAAAGAUCUCGCAUAAAGAAUCUACAUGGAUACUCACUAACAUGUUUGGGGAUAUACACAGAUAUUGGAUGAAUAGCGGAUUGUAGAUCUAAGAUUGCACCCCAUUUCAAUGCCUACAUGUGGU